UGCGCAAUGACCGCACGUGUUUUCAAUGGUUAGGCAAAGAGGAUCACGAGAGAGAUUUAGUUUAGUUGGUUUGUAGUUUGGAAUCUAACAUUUUAACUUUGUAGUGUGUUACCGAGCUGAACGCUUUCUAACAAAAUGGGGACAGACACUAACAAAGACGAGCGUAACAACCCGGAAUAUCUUGCACAGUUACUAAAAGACAAGAAACAGAUACAAGCUUUUCCUAAUGUUUUUGUUCAUUUGGAAAAACUUUUAGACGAAGAAAUCAACCGAGUGCGUCUAUGCCUGUUCCACAACAAAUCCACAGCCCGGGACCCUCUCAACCUCCCAGAUCCACAAGGCCCGAUUGUCACAUUACAAGAAAAAUUAUUUGUGCCUGUCAAAGAACAUCCAGAAUUCAACUUUGUUGGUCGUAUAUUGGGCCCAAGGGGCAUGACUGCCAAAGAGCUGGAGCAGUACACAGGCUGCAAGAUCAUGGUGCGAGGCAAAGGCUCAAUGAGGGACAAAGUCAAGGAGGAACAAAACAAAGGCAAGCCAAACUGGGAACACUUAAACGAGGAACUCCAUGUUUUGAUAACAGUAGAAGACACCCGAAGUAGGGCAGAGCUUAAGUUAAUAAAGGCUGUAGAGGAAGUAAAGAAGUUAUUAGUGCCUUCGCCUGAUGGUGAGGAUGAUUUAAAGAAACGUCAACUUAUGGAAUUAGCUAUUAUUAAUGGGACAUAUCGUGAUACAUCGAAACCUGCCGCGUCUCAGCAGACGACAACCCCAUCCGGGGUUUCUCAAGCCGCCCGUUUCAUCACCUCUCCACUGGCCGGCAUGACGGCAAUCCCACAGCUACGAUCUCCCACACCCGCGGGUGCUCCACUGAUACUUGCCCCGCGCAUGCCCACGAUGCAGAUGUCGCAGGCUAACGGCCACACAUACCUAAAUGCGGGACCCCCGCCACUGGUUUCCCCUAACGAGGCUGCGAAUCAGGGGCUCAUGUACAAUCCAUAUGAAUACCCUUUCAACCUCGCCCCGGGGACUGCCAUCUUGGAAUAUCCGACGUUAGAUCAGAGCGCCGCCGGUGCCGUCCCGAAAAUACGCCGAACUUUAGCUGGAGUGCGGGAACACCCUUACGGGCUGCCUUCUAACUUCUCCUGGGCGCAGUCUUCAGUUCAAACCGCCAUGCCGUCGUAUUCUAAAGCUAUUCAAAUGAUGUGUCCCAGUCUUGUCGAUAUGAACGGUCCGUUGUCUUUUAUUAAGAAGGAUAACCAAUAGAAAUCUACACGCUUUCUCUGCACCAGCUAAUCCAGGAAUUUUCUUCGGGGAUCACAUAGUUUCGAUGGCGCUAGUGACUACGUUUGACUGGAUAGCUAUGGUCCUAUGUUUUGUUAACACAUUGUACACUGUUUUUAUAGAAAUAUGAGUCAAUGCUCACUAACUGUCUUCCAUGGAAACGACUGCAAAUCUUUGGAACCUUGCGGGAUUUAAGCAUUUUGUAACUUAAUAUUUCUGCAGUAUAGCACUGCUUAACUCUUUCAGUGCUGGAACCAAAUUUUGAAGGCCUUUGCAAACAGUUUGGAUCAAGAUGAGACGCCACAGAAUGUGGCGUCUCAUCAGGAUCCAAACUGUUUGCUAUUCCAGCAUGCAAAGGGUUAAAGCAACAGAGUCACAGCCAAUACUUUACAAGAUUGAUAACAAAAAGAGCCUACAAAUCUUAUAUUCGUUAUUAGUAAAUAAAUAUUUAGCAUAAAACUAAAUAUUAAUUAUUCACUUGAUUUUUUAAAUAUUUUUUUUGUUUAUUUAAGCUUUUCAGUGUAUACAUAAAAUCCAGUAGUAUUCUAUUCAUUCACAUUAUCAAAGGGUCCAACUUUCCCCAGGGGUAAUCAAAGAUUUGCAGCUUGUGUUUUGACUAUGAAAGGCACUGCACUUGUAGUGUCCUUGUUGGUUCUAUUAACACCGCAGUUUGGAAUAGCGUAUGAGAUGUUUUAUAUAUAACCGUUUAUAUUACUCAAGUUCAUGAUUACAUUACAAAGUGCCAAUAAUGACAUUUACUUGUUAAUGUGCCUUGCCCACUAAUGUACAUACUAACUGGGAUUUUGUGCGAUAUGAGAAUCACUUUUGCUAGUUGUUUAACACCGAAAAAUAGAUUCACACAUGCAAGCUAACCUAAUAUAUCGUGAUGAACAUUUUUGAAAUUUUAUCUUUUUAUUGUAACUAAGUGCUAUAAUUUGUUUCUGUUAAUCGCUAUUUAAUGCUUUGUUUAACUUUGAAAUUUCUAUCAGUGUUAAUUUUUUUUAUUGAGAUUUUUUUCAAAUCUUCAUUGUUUAAUUUUUGUUUUAGUAGCAGAAAAUAGGUUGAAAAUUUGUUGAUUAAAAAUUACCAACUGAAAUUCUUUUUCUGAGAAAGCGUUAAGAUAUCGAACUGGUGAUGAUUGUGUACAUUGCAUUUAUCCGUUGUUAUGCAAUUAAUAUGUUUUGUUUGUUAAAGUGAAGUAUAAGCAAAAACGUAUUUACACCUUUAAUGAAUUUUGGGAUAAUAUCCCUUUUUUUUCGUAAUUUGUACAUAUAUUGUUGGUAUACAUUUUUGAUAUUACCUUAUUUCAUCAUGUUAUUUGUUUGCAAUUUAUAAUUUUAUACAUAGUAUGUUACGUUUAUGCAACUCAAUCUGUUCAUGUAACAGUUCAUACAUUAAUAUUUUCAAACAUUUCUAAACAGAUAUUAUGUUCAGUAGGUUUUUUAGCCCCCAAAAAACUUUAAAAAACUUAACUAUAUGUUUGCAUUUUGCAUUUAAUGCACCAAGAGAACAAAUGUUCUCAAAGAGAUUAUAAAGCCAAAAUAAAUAUCUCAAUUUAGUGUUUAUACUCAAAAUUAAUACAGAUAUUCUUGUAACUGUAGAAUCUCAGAUAUCAAGCUAGUCUUGUGUGCUGUAUAUAUUUUAAUAGAAAAUAUUUGUCGCUACUUAAAACCAUGUAUAGCUACUUAUAAAGCCUUCUAGCAGGGGAUAGUUUUAGCUUAAUUAACAUUGCACAAAUGUAGCUAGGUUGAACAUGAAGCUGCAAAUUUGGCUAUUCUUUUGUAGAAAUGAUUUGAGUUGUGCUCUGUGAAAAUGGGGUUUAAUGCACGUGCAUAAAGUGUCCUCCCAGAUUAGCCUGUGCAGUCCACACAGGCUAAUCAGGGACGACACUUUCCGCUUUUAUGAUAAUUUUGUUUCAAGAAAGUCUCUCCUUAGCAAAAAUAAAGUUUAGGUGGAAAGUGUCGUCCCUGAUAAGCCUGUGCGGACUGCACAGGAUUAUCUGGGACGACACUUUAGGCACAUGCAUUAAACCCCAUUUUCACAGAGCCCGGCCCAUUUCUAAUUAAUUGUUGUGUACGAGCUCUAAUGCAUAAUAUUGAGCCUUGCUCUGAAAAAACGGCGUUAAAUGCAUGCGUGUUAAGUGUCGUACCUGAUUAGUCGGUGCAGUCUGCAAAGGCAAAUCAGGGACAACACUGUCGACCUGAACUGCAUAAUUGCUGGGAAGAGACUUUUUUAAAAUGAAAAAUAAAAAAGCUGAAAAUGUUGUCCCUGAUUAGCCUGUGCAAACUUCACAGGCUAAUCUGGGAUGACACUUUAUGCACAUGCAUUAAACCCCUUUUUUACAGAGCAAGGCUGUAUUCUUUUUACGAGGCAAGCCCUCGAGUCACUCGCGUCGGUAAACUCAGAGUAAAUACUUCAGCUAUGUGUAUUUUGAUGAAUUCAUUAUUAAUGUUUUGUGACUUGAAUAGCUUAUACAUGUGUAACAAGAUUAUAUAUAUUUGUGCGAGGUAUUGUAUUGUCACGGUUAACUUGUUAACAUAUCAUUGCAUGUUCAUGAAUUAAUAGGUUCAACAAUUGUUUUUCAUAAAGACUCUAUGUCUUAAAUUUAAUUUAGUCCAUUAUCUGUCAGUUAUAUGUCUGGUAGAUUUUCAUCAUAGCACUGAAAUAUUUAAAACAUAAAUAGUUUCUUGUUAAAGAGCAAUUAUUGACCCGUCCACAUGUGCACAUAUCAAAAUUUAAUUUACCACAGUGCUUAUUAUCUAGACAGAUUGUUUAAAUAAUGGAUCAAAAACAUAUGAGCAUAGCUAUACAGCAAAGCUCAAGUAUAUACUGCUGCUUGCAAAAUGAAAGAAUUACCAUAAUGUGAUAUAAAUAUUUUUUAUACAGUUUCAUUAAUUCAUGUUGUUGUGUGUUGUUUUGUGUAGAGAUUUCCAUUUGCUAUGCAUUUCUUUUUGUGUUAUAUCAGAAAACAGAAUUCAAUGUGCUUUUUGCCAGAUAUGUUAAUGUGUUGUGAAGUCUUCCUAUGUGAUGUGCAUUUUACGCGGUUAGAAAUUUAAGUUCAGUACCUGUUUUAAUACUCAAUUGACUGCAAGAGUAAAUCUUGAUUACUCUGAUCAUCGUAAAAUACUCAUUUAGGUGUCUACUAUAUAAGACAAACUUGAACUUUGUAGCGUGAACAAAUGGCUAUUCUGUAUUGUGGCUUUGGGUUUUCAACCAACAAUUGCAAAAAGAUGCAUGUUUAGCGAAUAUUUUCUGAAAAGUAUUUUUCAAGCUAAUUAUCCCCGCCAUAGGCGGAGGGAUAUUGUUUUUGCGUUGUCCGUCCAUCCGUCCGUCUUUCUGUGCGUCCUUUCGUCCGUCUGUCCGGAGCCAUAUCUUGGAAGUGCUUUGGCAGAUUUCAUUGAAACUUGGUAUGAGUAUAUAUAUGGAUAACAGGAUGAUGUGCGCCAAAUGGCAUUGUACACCAUCUGUUAAUAACAGAGUUAUGGCCCUUUUUAUCUUGAAAAAAUGCUUUUUUGUGUGUCCAGAGCCAUAUCUUGGAAGUGCUUUGGCAGAUUUCAUUGAAACUUGUUAUGAGUAUAUAUAUAUAUAAAGAAGAUGAUGCAUGCCAAAUGUCAUUGUACACCAUCUGUUAAUAACGGAGUUAUGGCCCUUUGUAUCUUGAAAAAAAUGCUUUUUUUAGUGUCAAAUAUAACACUUUUGUGUCCAGAAGCAUAUUGGCGGGGGAUAUCAAUUCAACGAAUUUGCUUGUUGGAUUCAAAAAAGGAAACCAUUCGGAAUGCUGAAGCUGAAUUAUUUUUGACCAUUUGCUAAAAUUUAAAACAAACAUCCAUUGAUAAAAUUAUGAUUACUUUAUUUGGAACAACAUUAUCAAAAUUUAAGAAAAAUAUUGCGUGAUACAAACGUAUGGUCACUUUGUCUGAAAUAUGCAAAAUAUUGAGGCAGAACGAGAAAAAAGGUUUUAAAGAUAUAAGGAUGAUAUCAUGUUCACUUGAUAACAACACAAAAAUAUGUAUGGAGGUUGUUAUAUAUUAAUCAUUUUAUAUAGAUUGUUGUACAUGCAUUUACUUGUUAUACCUGUUUUCUUUUGUAUUCACUUUUGUCUAUACUUGAAAUAUUCAUUGUAUUUUGUUGGAGAACGUUUGUUACGGAACAGAUAUAACGUAUACAUCAACUGGGAUUGAUAAAAAAAAAAAUUUGUCUGAUACAUCAUGCUUUCAUUUACAUGGAUUUCGAUUUCUUGUUAUGCCUGUAUGAUAGCGGAAGGGUACGAUAAACUAAAGAGAUUAUUUGUAGUGCCUUACUAAACCAGCAUGUUUUUAUUAUACACAGCACCAGCUUUUGUGGUGUGAAAUGUACUUGAAUUUCAUUUUACUAACAAAUUUAACAUGCCCCACCCACAUAGACCUGCAUUGACUGCAACAUUCAGUAUAAUGUUUCUUUCCACUCUAUAAAGACCUUAUACUAAGAUGUUAACAUCUAUAUAUUAACAGACAUUUCAUUUACAUAAUUUAUUAGAGUGGACAUUAUUGUGGUGCCAUAGAUCACUAAAAACUUUGCAUUAUAAGUUUCAAUAAUUGGCUUGAUUUUUUUACGAAAUUCAAAUAAAUAUGUUGGUAACAAACAGUUUCGUAAGGUAUUUUUAUAGGUCACAAACUUUGCUGCUGAAUCUCUGAUUUAUAUAACCCCACCUAGUAUUUGUAUAUAUUUUGUUUGAUAUAUAUCUUGUGUUGUAUGUUAUUUCAUAUUUUACAAAGUAGCUGGACUUUUCAUGAACCUGGGACUUUUUUUUCCAUGUAGCCUUGAUAUUAUAUUUGUCAAAAAACAGCAAUAAAGAUAAUCAUUGCUAACCAUUUUUCCUUUUCCUUACUAACACAGUGGUGUACACUAUUAACCUCAGAAAUGAUCAGUCAUCACUUAGAAAGGGUAUUACGCUUUAUUAACAGUAUUUCACACGUUUGAAAUCCAGGACGUAUGAUCAUAGAGAGCAGCAGAUUUCGCUUUAGUUCUUUUUCUCGGACAAAAUUAGCACGUGCAUGGUUAUUUUUGUACAAGAUGUGUAACCUGCUUUUGUAUAGAUUCUGCGAGAGUGGACAGUGGUAGUGUAUAUAGUGCACAAUGGUUGUCGCUCAUGAUUGCUAAUCGAUUAACACCUACUGGCCAAUCAGCAGGACUUUGCACCAUUUUGGAGCAGUCACACUCGACUAACCUCUUAAACCCACAGUGUGGAUUAACAAGGGAGAUAACUAAUGGAUUAACAAGGAGCUCCCAUCUAACAGGUAACAAUCUGGAGAAAUGUUGUAUUUUUAUGAAAUAAUAAUUGGCAAUUACCUGAAGAACCUGGUUCCAUAGUGCCUAAUUUGAGUAAUAAUGCAUGUUUUUAAAAAACAAAUCAAAUAAUUUCUGUUAGCUUGAUUUUAAACUGUAAAAUAUGUUUUUGAUAUACAUUUUGCCUCUUGUUUGCAGAAUCCGAAUCCUGAAAACAGAAUAUAUAGCCAAGUUCUGACUGGUUAAGGACUGAUAGUUUGUACGUGAUGAAAAUGUAUAAAGCCUUCAAUUUAAGUUUAUCGAAAUUCAACAUGCAUGUUUGGCCCCUAGCAUAUUCAUAAAAAACUACGUACAGUGGCUUAGCUGCCCAAAUCAUACAAACACGUUUAUAAUGUUCUAAAUUCUGUGAUUAAAACGGGUAAUUGCUAUUCUUGUUUUAUUUAACAAGUUUUUUUGUCGUCCGUAUAUUGCACGUAUGCAAGCAUCAUAAUAUUGCAUUUAGUUACAGGUCAGAAGCUGUAACCACCCAGACAAUCUUCUCUUGUUUGCAUUUUGACUAUCACUUACAAUCGCAUUUAAAUGAUAUGUGUAAUCAUAGUUGUGAGCGUAAUAAAUAUGCUUUCACUACAAAGUUGUGUGCCAGUAGAUAAUUUUUUUGUUCUGUAUAACAUUGACUAUAAAAUAGCAUUUGAUGUGGCUAUCAAGUAACUACUUAUAUGAGAUGCAAUAAGUUUAUUUUGUGAAUUUGAUUUAGCUUUGGUGAUGAGCAUGUUAUUAAAUCCCAUUAUUUCUAAUUAAAGUUAUAACAGCCAAGCAAUAGAUGUUCUGAUCUUUUUCAUUGUAAUGGCAUAGCAUUGCCUUUUUCUUCCACUCAGAAUAAUUCAUUUUGUUGACAAAAAAUCGGUUAAAUUGCAUCCAUAGUUUGGAUUGCAUAAAUUUUGUGAAGAAAAAAAUAUUAAAAAUGAACAAAAAUGUAUAGGUCAAAAUGUUGAAAAUAAAUAUUGCUUAUAACUUCCCCAUUGCAUGCCUUUGGACGCCUUAUUUUUUUUUGCUCACAUUCUGUGCUCAAGCUAUACUAGCAUAGUUACUAAAAUUAAUAAACUCACCAAAAUAAAUUAAGGGUCACUUGAAUUGGAAUGCACUCUAAACAAUGUUUCUUGAGUGAAUUAAAGGGAAAUGUGUACUUCGGAGGUGGUACUUUAACAUUUUUGUUGAAAAUUGUUGCGGACUUAUCAUUAUAUACAUAAUAAUAUUUUCAUUCUUUUAUCACGGAAGACCCAUAAUUUGUUUUGGAGGGUAUUUUUAAUAGAAUUAUUUUAUUCUAACCUAUUUUUUUUAUACUUUUCUACUUUUUCUACAAAAUACCUGAAAAUGGCCAAAGUGUAUUACACCAUGACACAUGUGUUUUUUUACAUUAUUAUAAAUAUGUUUUUUAUAUUACCACGUUUUGUAUAUCACAACUAACAGUGUGAAGAGGGAUGGACAUUUCAAAAUGUACAGGCCACAUUUUCAGCCUCUUGUAAUAAUUUAAAAAAAUAUCGCAAAAAUGUAUCUGCUUGUUUUUUGGUCACCAUCUAUAAAAAUUAAGAAGAGUUUAGCAAUUAAACCCUUAGCUUGGUCUUUUGUGAGAAAAUGUGUCCAAUAUUUGUGAUGUUUUGCUUUUUCCAUUUAUAGAACCAUUAUAUUUUCAUGAAUACAAUUAUCAUUUUCCUCUAGAAGGAGCAAAUUGAAAAUUGCUUUUGCAACCAGCAUCAAAACGGAUCAGCAUGCCAGUAACUGGCAGUCUGUUAAGGUUUUAUGCUGUUUACUGGAUUGGAAAUGUAGUCUUUAAAACUUGAAUUUAGUAACAAAGGUAUUUAAUUAAAUUCAACUUUCUAUUGGACUACAAAUGCCUCAAAAUACGUAUCUUUGUUGUAAAGUGUUUAGUAUUUGUGUCUUUAAAAUCACAACUAGAUUAGGCAUUGUAAUAUGACUACUGAUAUUUAGACAAUAUAAAUGAAUACAAAUCUUUUUCGCAGACGAUAGCUUUUAGAAAUAUUUCAAUUUAAUAUUUUAGUUUGUUUUUGGCUGAAAAUGUGGCAUGUUACGCGUGAAGAUAUUAUAGUUGUAUUUCAUUGUACUCUUGCAUCAUUUAUACAUUAACGGUCUUCCAAUGAAAGCAGAGCCCCAACAUUUCAUUUGUGUGCAAAACAACAUCUGAAGAAAAAUCGAAAAUUGUUGAAGAAAAUCACAUAUAAGUGCCAACAAGUAACUGUCUUUUGGAUGCUUUUUAUUAAUGGUAGAAUGUUCAAAUGAUGUUAUUUUUCUGCAAACGUAGCGUACCCCUUUAAAAACUGUGCCAAAGAUGCAAGUGCCUGCUCAAUAUAUUUCAUAAAGAAAUAUCUAGUUUACUUUAGUGACAGUUAAAAUAUGUAAAUGUCUUUAAUGUCAAAGCUAAUCAUUCACCAAGUGUUUUCAGAAGUCUUGCUUUGCAUUUAGUUCUUCUGAGUUGAUCAUCGGAUGGGACGUCUGAAUUUGAAGGAAAGUUUGAAAACAAAAAUUGCUGUUGAAAAGUGUUGUUUGUUACAAUAUUUGUUCUUGCCUGCACUUGUUAAGAAUAACGUGCCUUCAUGGAAUCUCCUCAGAUAUGCAUUUAAAUCAUCACAAGGGUAUACAGUGUUCAUAGUAUUUGUGAAUACAUCGUGUCAUUUUUCAGAUUUUGCAUAAAAAAGAAAGAUGUAUUGUCAUACA